AUGAGGAUAGAGAGGAUUGUGAGGACCGAGGUGGAGAGGAGAAUGAGGCCCCUCCAAAGAGGGGGGGUCAUUCAUAUGAUCUCUGGAGGUCCCAUUGAUGGGGACUCCAAUAAUGCAAGGAAGAAGCACUCUCGAGCUGCGAAGAGGAAGAGAGAAGAGGUCAGCAUAACAGCUCGAGCACCUGUGAUCUAUUUUCAAGCGAGGAUGCUCAAGGACUGCACCUUGCGCGAUGUGAUGUUCUAUGAUAGUUUUAGACAACUAGAUUUGGAUGUGGAGCUGAAGGAGGUCAUUACAUGCUUGUAUGGAUUUAGUGGUAUUGAGGUCGUCUCCAUGGGUGAGAUCACUCUACCUGUCGCUCUGUUGAGGAAGAUGAAAAUGAUCAAGAUUGUAGUCGUGGGAACUGAGUCUUCGUAUAACAUCAUUCUGGGGAGAACGAGCCUAAACGCCUUCCAGUCGGUGGUUUCGACGUACCAUAUGAUGAUCAAUUAUCCAGUUGAAGAUAAAAUGAAUAUGAGUGAGCAGGCCGAGUGGGUCAAGAUUCAGAUGGUCGAGGGAAGUGAUGAGAGGAAGCUUCAAAUUGGGGCCGAAUUGGAGAAUCCGUUAAGAACGAAGUUGAUCAGCCGGUAUAAACCGGUAUUUUCGCUAAAACGGUAUUUUGGCGGUAAUCAUACCAGUUGGACCACCGGUAUCCGGUAUUACCGGUACAUACCGGUACUUAAAACACUGGAUUUUAGAGACCUCAACAAGGCAUGCCCCAAGGAUUAUACCUGUUGCCAAGGAUCGACCAGCUGCCUGAUGGACACUUCUCAAGGCUAUCACCAAAUCCCACUGGCAAAGAAAGACUGGAAGAGGGUGAGCUUUGUGACGAGCAAGAGGAUGUACUGUUACGUGGUCAUGCCUUUCAGCCUAAAUAAUGCAGGUGCAACAUAUCAGCGGUUGGCCGAUAAAAUUUUUAAAGAGCAGUUAGAGCAGGAUGGAAGCCGACCACGUAGCAGACCUAAGAGAGACCUUUACCAUAUUGAGAAGUCAGGAAAAUUUUUUGGGUAUAUGGUGAUCAUAAAGGGCAUCAAGGUGAACCUUGAGAAUGUAAGGGCAGUGUUGAAGAUGAGACCCCCAAAGCAUGUGAAGGAAGUUGGCCGAGAUGAGCAUCCCAUUAUCAUAACAUUGAAGAAGAGCUCAAAGUUUAAGUGGACGGAGGAGGCCCAGGACGCAUUUAAAGAGUUGCAGGUCAUUCUAGUUGAUCUACUUUUAUUGGCCAAACCGGUGCAAGGAGAAGAUUUAGUGCUUUACAUUUCGAUCGGGGCGGCGACAGUGAACUCAGUAGUGUUGUGGGAGGAAGGCAUGGCGCACUCUGAGAUCAAAAAGGGGGCUUUGGCAGUGGUUGUAACAGUUAGGAAGUUGAGUUCAUAUUUUCUUAUUCAUAAGGUCAAGGUUAGGAUGAACAUGCCACUCGGAGAAACACUAUGUCAACCUUCAAUUUCAAGUCAAAUGGUCAAGUUGGCGAUCGAGCUGAGUGAGUAUUCUUUGGUGUACGAACCUCGGAGGUGGCAGAUAUUUGUGGAUGGAUCGGUCUCUGAGGGAGGAGCAGGCUUACGUAUCAUGUUGAUUUCACCGAAAAAGGAUAAUCUAGAGUUGGCGACCAAACUGGGUUUUAAGGUGUCGAACAAUGAGGCCGGGUAUGAGGCUUUGUUGAAAGGCUUGCAGUUGGUGUUGGCAAGAGGAACUUGA